UUAUUUAGUUAUUUGUGUGUCAAACCUCAAUUACACAUACUCUAACUCCAUAUUUUUUUAAGUGUCUUUGAGAGUUGAGCCGAGGCAAUUGACUUUGGUACCUUAAAAGCAUAGACCAAUUUCUCAUACUACUAUAUUUUCAAGAGCUGGUACCAAACUAGAAUCUUGCAGGCUGGGUGGUAAGAAUGGGCAGAUCAAAAGAAUCUGAGACUAAAUUUGAUCUUUCCUUGAAGCUAGACACUCAUGAUGAACAUCACUCACAUAGUGAUCAUAAUCAACAAGAUGGUGAAAAUGUUUCACAGAUUAUGAAAGAACCUCGUGUCGAUGAAGCACAAGAUCAUGAAGGAUCAGAUGUUGUUGGAUCUCCCCGCGUCUCCAAGAUUCAGAAAGAUUUCAAGACACAAGAGCUAUCGGCGUUGCAGACAGAAGUGAGGCGAAUGAAAGAAGAAAAUAAGCUGUUGAUGAAGGUGGUAGAGCAAACUUUGAGAGAUUACAAUAAUCUUCAACAGAAGUUCUCCAUCAUUACACAAGAUAACUGUGACAAGGAGCCAAAUUGUUUCCUUUCACUCCAUGGAAAUGGGGGUGAUGCUGAUCAUAUUCGAAAAAGAAAGAGCAGUCCACCAGAGAAGAAUGUUAACUAUGAUGAAGAGAGUGAAUUAGGGUUGUCACUGAGAAUCCAGAGCCAACAAGAGCAAAUUAGAGAAAAGGAUGAUGAAGUAGUACUUGAAGCUGAAGAUGUAGAAAAGGACAAUUGCGAGGAUGACAUAAGGAAAAAGCCUAGUCCGACAGAGAACAAGUUACAACGAGUUGACUUGCGUGGUCUGAUAAACAAUGCUGCUUCUCCUGCUAACAAGAAGGCUAGGGUUUCUGUUCGAGCUAGAUGCGACACCCCCACUAUGAACGAUGGAUGCCAAUGGAGAAAAUAUGGACAGAAGAUUGCGAAAGGAAAUCCUUGCCCACGAGCUUACUAUCGCUGCACUGUAGCUCCUGGUUGCCCAGUUCGAAAACAGGUACAAAGAUGUCUAGAGGACAUGUCAAUACUCAUAACAACCUAUGAAGGAAGCCACAAUCAUCCUCUCCCGGUUGGCGCGACAGCCUUGGCUUCCACAGCAUCAGCAGCAGCCUGUUCAUACAUGUUAGUCGAUAAUAACAACAUCAGCAACAUCUCCACCUUCCACCAACAAUCAAAUUUCCCAUACCACAACAAUAUCAGUUACAAUAGUCCAUCUCCCAAUGCCCUCGAUUACGCUAACAUCACCAAAUUCCCUCAUCAAUUCCUCAUGGCCAGCUCCUCCAACUCCUCACCCCAGUUGCACAAUCCCUGGAUUCCUAGCAACUUGAACAACAUUGUCACUAGUACUAAUAUGCUGCAUCAGUUUCGCGUGCCUCCACUGCAAUCAGACGAUGCCAGUGGAAAAUCGAAAGGUGAUCAAGGGAAGUUGAUGGCUGAAAAUAUGAGUGCAAUCACUUCUGAUCCGAAGUUUAAGGUGGCUGUCGCGGCAGCCAUUUCGUCCCUCAUGAAUAAAGAAAGCCAAGUGAAUAAUUCUCUGCAGCUCCGAAAAGAUGGGGAUCGUAACGGUGGUAACCCUCCGGUUCUGAAUUCAGCAUUUGUGGGGAAGGAGCUUCCUGAGUGAUAGAAAUGUGAUAUACAUAAUCAUACAUUUUUAAAGUUCAUUGAUCAUAAAAACAUAUAUACAUGUAUAGGUACGUGUGUACCAAUUGCAGCCUGUAUAUUAUUGAUUGGCCUCGAA